AUGGAUCGGGACCAGGACCAGGAGCUGGCCCUGGCCUUGGCCGCCCACCGGGAGCAGCUGGAACGGUCGGGCCAGGCUCACUUGCUCCGCUUCUGGGACGAGUUGGACCAGGCCGAGCGGGCCGAGCUGCUGGGCGACCUGAGCGGGUGCCACUUCCCCGAGAUCAUGAGCUUCUUCAACCGGGCCGUGUCGGCGCCGGUGCCGAUCCAGCAGCAGAUGGACGAGCAGAUGGAGCCGGUGCCCAGGGAAGUGCAGGGCAGCGUGUCCAGAGACUGGGAGAGACUGCCCGAGUGGAAGGCAGAAGGUCUUCUUCAAAUCUCUAAGAACAAAGUAGCAGUUUUACUUUUAGCUGGUGGACAGGGAACACGUCUUGGAGUAACCUAUCCUAAAGGAAUGUACAACGUUGGUUUGCUAUCGAGGAAAACGCUCUUUCAGAUUCAAGCUGAACGUAUUCUGAAACUUCAGCAUUUGGCGUCAGAGCAGUUUGGGCACAGAUGCACUAUUCCAUGGUAUAUCAUGACUAGUAGUCGGACAAUGGAAUCUACAAAAGAAUUUUUCAAUCUGAAUGGCUACUUUGGUUUACAGGAAGGAAAUGUCAUAUUUUUCCAACAGGGAAUGUUGCCAGCUAUGGCUUUUGAUGGGAAAGCUAUCCUUGAAGGAAAAAGCAAAAUUUCACUGGCGCCAGAUGGGAAUGGAGGCCUUUAUCGAGCACUUCGAAAUCAGAAGAUUGUGGAGGAUAUGGAAAAGCGAGGCAUUAGUUUUAUUCAUGUGUACUGUGUGGACAAUAUUCUUGUUAAAGUUGCUGAUCCAACCUUCAUUGGUUUCUGUGUUAAGCAGCAAGCUGAUUGUGGAGCCAAGGUAGUAGAAAAGACAAAUCCAACUGAGGCUGUUGGUGUUGUAUGUAAAGUAAAUGGCCUGUAUCAAGUUGUGGAAUACAGUGAAAUCACCCUAGUUACUGCACAGAGAAGGAAUGCUGAUGGACGUCUAACAUUCAACGCAGGGAACAUAUGCAAUCAUUUCUUUACACUGCAGUUCUUAAAGAACAUUGUUAAAGACUAUGAGCCUAAAUUGCGACACCAUGUUGCCCGGAAGAAAAUUCCUUAUAUUGAUGAAAAUGGUCAGCAAAUCAAACCAGACAGCCCUAAUGGAAUCAAGUUGGAGAAAUUUGUAUUUGACAUCUUUCAGUUUUCAAAGAAAUUUGUAGUGUUUGAAGUCUUGCGAGAAGAUGAAUUUUCUCCACUGAAGAAUGCAGAUAGUCAGAAUGGGAAAGACACACCUACAACAGCACGCCAUGCACUGAUGUCCCUGCACCAUCGAUGGGUACUAAAUGCGGGUGGACACUUUGUUGAUGAAAAUGGAACAAGGAUUCCAGCAAUUCCCAGUUCGACAACUGGAAUGUCAGAAGCGAUCAAUAACAAUCUACAGGAGUUAGCAGAUGUUCCAAUCAAAUGUGAAAUUUCUCCACUUGUAUCUUAUUCUGGAGAGGAUCUGGAUAAAUAUGUUGCAGGACGUGAGUUCCGGCCUCCGCUGAUUAUAGAUGAGAAUGGGGUCCAAGAAUUGACUGCAAAUGGGCUCUAAAAUGAAAAAUGCAGCAGAAUGAGGAUCCUUUUAGAAGUCGUCUUUUUACAGCAAUUAAACUGUGCGACAACAUGCAUUUAGGACCAUUGGUACAUUGUUCAACAGUUAGAGGCAAACAUAUUUUAAAUUAUUAUUUAAAAAUUUCUUUCAAAGGAAAUAUUUUUAAACUAUUUUACAGUUUUAGUAUUUAAAUCAUUAUCUGCAUUAUUAUAGAAGCUGGUUUAUUUUUUCAGGUGAAUAGGUUUUGUUCACUGGGUAUGGUUGAAUUUUUAUAGAUCUAAAUGUUAAUAUAUCACAUUAAAAUAAUUGAACAUCAUGUUAGGUGAUAAUCCAGUGACAAUUUUUUUUAAACCCAGCCUGUAUAAUAAUUAAAAUAUCAUGUUCAGUGAUGGGUCAAGUUACCUGCUUUAAUUUGUGGUGAAGACCUUCAUAACUUCCAUAACAUCUGUUACUGUAUCUUAUACUUGUGAUUAAUAAUGAAUAAGUCACUGCAUUUUAUAUAUAUAUAUAUAUUUAUAUAUGGCCUCUGUUCUAUGAAGGGUUUCAAUUGGUACUAGGGUAUUUAUUAUUUAAAACUGAGCCUUUAAAGAAAAAUCUCCAUAGAAUAGUCUUGGUCUGCUACAGUUACGGUACCCUCUCAAAGGCUGAAUUUGCAUUUAGCUUGCAAGCUAAUUUUAUUAAUGCCCGUUCCACAUUAUGCAGAAUCUCCUUCAGCUACCCAGGACCAAUAGCCUGGUUUGUAACAAAUUAAGCUUCUCUACUGCAGUAGAGAAAUCAUUAAUAACUCCCUUUAGAAAAAAAGGAUACUUUUGAAGUCUGACUUAGCUAAAUUUUAAAAGGUUUUAGAAACCUCACUUGAACUGCUUAGCCUGUUCUAGAGUCUAAAGGAAUGCCUGACAAAUGUCUCUGAAUUCCUGUUGCUUUGAUUAUGAAAAUUCUUUAAUUUUUUUCUAUAUUGAUAUUGAUGGUACCUUAUACUAUAAAUUGCAUCUUGUGAAUGUUCAAUAAUGGAAAAGGUGUCUUGCCAAAGAACUUCAGAAUGUGGUUCUUGCACAUUAGCAAAUUGAGCUACAUAGCUGAUUCUUUGUCAGCCAAUUUUUGUAGUGAAUGAUUAUUUUGACAGCCAAAUAAAAUCUUAUCUAAUUUUG